CGACCGUCGUCUUGAUCACAUUUGAUUUAUAAAAUUAUAUUGACGUCUUAUUGUAGUUUAAAGUGUGUGUGGAGGUACCUCAGCGAAGGAGAGUUUGGGCGUCGUCUGUAUUUUAUUUUUGACGCAUGUGCACGUUCUCGAAAAUGGUUGAUAAAACAGUGAAUUCUGACAACUGCAGACCAAGAGUGCUAGCUUAUCGACAAAGGGGAGCCGGUUCUCCGCUUUUAGAAUUUGUUUGUGGACUUUGUGUAUUUCUCAGUCUCCUUUGUUCGUGUUUGACUGCGCUUGUGGUUGUUAUGAACGAUAAAGCACAAGCUACAAGUUUACUCACAGAUCAAAGGAAUAAGCUGAAUAACUACACUGCAAUGGCGACAGAAAAUUCACCCGAAAUACCAUACAGACUUGCAAAAGAAGUUAAACCAAUUCACUAUGAUUUGUUAAUGCAUCCUGAUUUGGAAAAUGGAACAUACACAGGCACUGUAACUAUUCUGAUAAAUGUUUUGGAUAAAAGGGGAUACAUUGCUCUUCAUCAAAAGGAUCUUAAUAUAACAAAAACAAAGUUAACACAUGAGAAAGAUGACGUUUAUGAAAUUCCAAUAAAGAAAACCUAUUCAUUGGAAAAGCAGGAAGUCUUUAUGAUUUCCACCGAAGAAAAUCUCAGUCCAAGUAAUUACCAUUUGCAUUUGGAAUUUAAUGGAUUAUUGAGGCCUGACAAAAUUGUUGGAUUUUACUCGAGCAAGUACAAAGACGCACAAGAUAAGGAGAGAUAUAUUGCAACAACAAAAUUCGAGCCAACUUACGCGAGGAGAGCAUUCCCUUGCUUUGAUGAGCCGAGUUUUAAGGCGGAAUUUACUAUUAAAAUUAUUCAUCCCUCCACCGACUGCUAUGGAGCAAUUUCCAACAUGAAUGUGGAGAAAUCAGAAGUGAACAAACCAUCGUCAGGACUAACGACAGUAACUUUUGCCAGAAGUGUUCCAAUGUCAACCUAUCUGUCCUGCUUUAUUGUUAGUGAUUUUGUUGCACUUUCUGAAAAAGCAAAACGACUGGAUGGUACAACUUUUCCAAUUAGCGUCUAUACUACGAAAGCAAACAAAGAAAAGGGUGCCUUUGCUCUUGAUAUUGGAGUUAAAAUUAUUGAAUAUUAUAUUAAUCUCUUUAAAGUUGAUUAUCCUUUGCCAAAAAUGGAUAUGGCAGCUAUUCCUGAUUUUGUAUCAGGUGCGAUGGAAAAUUGGGGCCUUGUAACCUACAGAGAAGCAAGACUUUUAGUUGAUGACAAAAUAAGUUCUUCUGCUAAUAAAGAAGGUGUCGUCUCGGUGAUUGCUCAUGAAUUUGCUCACAUGUGGUUUGGAAAUCUUGUAACAAUGGCUUGGUGGAAUGAUUUGUGGUUAAACGAAGGAUUCGCAACCUACAUGAGUUACAAAAGUUCGGAUGCCAUUCUACCAGAUUGGGGAUUGAUGGACCAUUUUCUAACAGAACAAUUACAUGUAGCAUUUCAAACUGAUUCGAAACUCAGUUCCCAUCCAAUCGUUCAAACCGUCUCAAACUCUGACGACAUCACCGCAAUUUUCGAUGUGAUAUCGUAUAAUAAGGGUGCAUCUGUUCUAAGAAUGCUUAACGAUUUUGUUGGAUCGGACAUAUUUUAUCAAGGAAUCACGACCUAUUUGAAAAGAAAUGCUUACCGGAAUGCGGAAACCGCAGAUCUUUUUUCAAUUCUUCAAGAAGCUAUUGGCAAUCGUAUAAAUAUUAAUUCAAUUAUGGACACAUGGACUCGUCAAAUGGGUUUCCCUGUUAUAAAUGUUACUGUCAAAACAAAAACUUCUUACACAGUGACCCAAAAGCGUUUCCUUGCUGAUCCUGAAGCUCAGUUUAAUGUUACGGACUCAGAUUAUGGUUACAAAUGGACAAUUCCUAUUACUUACAUCACAAGUGCCAAUUCAACUCCAACUUUAGUCUGGUUCGACAAGGAUGCGAAGAAUUUGGUGGUCAAGCUAGACGAACCAGUUGAUUGGAUAAAAUUCAAUUGUGACCAAAUUGGAUACUAUCGUGUCAAUUAUGAGACUGCUGAAUGGCAUAAACUUGCAGAAGUUCUGAGAUGGAACCAUAAGAGAUUUUCUACGUCGGAUAGAACACAUGUUUUGGAGGACGCUUUUAGUUUGGCAGAUGCUGCUGAACUUGAUUAUAAUAUAACUAUGGAUAUGACUAAUUAUCUGUCAUCGGAACUUCACGCUGUCCCUUGGGAUAUGGCGGCUACGAAAUUUUUAAGGAUGCACACUUUACUAUCUUCUACUAGUGCCUCCCCAAAGUUCCAGGAAUAUAUCCGAAAUUUGGUCGAUCCUGUCUACCAUGAAGUCCUUUGGAGUGUCGAGAAUGUUGAUAGUCAUGUAACUUUAAAUCUUAGAACUGUGAUACUUACAUUGGCAUGUGAAAUGGGCCAUACCGAGUGUUUAGAGGAAGGAGCUGAAAUUUUCAAAAAAUGGAUUAAUGAUCCUAAAGACGAGCGACCUCAUCCAGACAUAAGAUCCAGCGUUUAUUAUUACGGUAUGAGUCACAUUGGUGGUGAGGCUGAAUGGAAAAAAAUGUUUGAAAAAUUCAUAAAGGAAACAAAUUCUCUUGAAAAAUUGAAAUUAAUGAGAGGUUUGGCUGGUGUACGAUCAGCUUCAUUGCUUAACAGAUUCAUUUCUAACGCAAUGGAUGAAAAUUAUGUACGAGCACAAGAUGCUUUUACAUGUUUGCGUCAAAUCUCAGCAAAUCCCGUUGGUACCCCAUUAGUUUGGGAUUGGGUACGAGAAAAUUGGGAAUUUCUUGUUAAAAGAUACACCCUAAACGAUCGUUAUUUAGGUCAAUUGAUCCCUGCCGUUACAAGUUCAUUUGCCUCAGAGGUGAAAUUAAAUGAAAUAAAAGCAUUCUACGAAAAAUAUCCGGAAGCAGGAGCCGGUGCCUUAUAUAGAACACGAGGACUUGAAACAGUCGUUAACAACAUGAAAUGGUUACAGAAGAACGAGGCGAAAAUUGAAGCCUGGUUAAAUUCUCGGUAAAAUAGUAUAUAAGAAAAAAUUAUUUCGUUUCAUUUAAUAAUUUCGUUUUCAUUUACUCUAUCUCUCUCUUUCUUUCUUAAUCUUCGUUUUGCUUCAAAACAUUCGUUUGCAAUAUUAAUGAAUUAAGUCGACUGAUUACUAAGAGUCUGAAGAACAAAAUAUUUCUUUAUAUUUUCACAAAGUCCUUAUUUUGUAAAAGGUACUCAUUAAGAUUAUUGAAAUGGUCAAAUAAAAGAGUUCUUUGAUA